AUGCGCACAGCAAUUCUGGUGACAGGUGCUGCAGGCUACAUCGGCUCCCAUUUGUGCGUGAAGCUUUUGCAAGCAGGGCAUUUUUUAAUUGCUUUGGACAACUUGGUCAAUUCCAAAAAGGACGAUUUGGAUUUUCUUUUGCUCUCCCUGUCUGAUACCAAGAUUUUGACCAUCUUCCAUGUUGCGGGAUACAAAUCUGUCCCAGAAUCAUUUUCUUCUCCCCUUCUUUACUAUCACAACAACGUGUCUUCUAUAAUCAACUUGCUCGCUUCUUUUUCAAAAUACAAGCAGGCAUAUUCACGCAAUGAUGAUGCUACUUUUAUCUUUUCAUCUUCCGCUGCUGUUUAUGGGCCAAAUGGCCAGCAGAAUGCAGAACUUUCUGAAUCGUCUCCAAUUGAUCCUAUUUCGCCAUAUGGGCGCUCAAAGGCUAUGUGUGAGGCAAUCUUAUCAGAUUAUGCUUCUAGCUCUUCCUUCCCGUUCAAGGUUGUCUCGCUAAGAUAUUUCAAUCCGAUUGGCGCACAUCCCAAAGACUACAUUCACAUUGAAGAUUUGGUUUCUGGGCACGUUUCAGCAAUGGAAAAGGCUCCGUCGCUUUCAAAGGACUUUUCCGCGUUUAACCUCGGCACGGGCAUCGGUUAUACGGUCUUCGAAAUCGGCCCAAGGCGAUUGGGUGAUUUGGAUACCCUUGUGGCCGAUCCUUCUCUUGCUGAGAAUGUUCUCGGCUGGAAAGCAUCGAAGAAUCUUGUGGAUAUGUGCGUUGAUCACUGGAAUUGGGAGUUGAAGUUACUUGCUUCCAUGGCCAAUGUCGAGUGA